GGGGAAGAGAGAGAGAGAGAGAGAGAGAGAUCAGCCUGGCUAGGGUAGAAUGAUACCACAUUCUGGUAGCAUAGCCUAUAGUUUUAUAUGGUUGAUAGUGGUGGUGUUUGUGUUCUGUUACAGUGGUACGUGUGUCUACAUUAUUUAUGCAUACUGAUGUGUGUUUGAGAGCGGUUGCAUACAGUACGUGCAUCAAAGUCUGUGUUUGCGUGCGUCCGUGAGCUUGUGUGGGUGUUUAUUUGCUUGUGCUUGCCCUUGUGUGUGUAUGCUACGUUGUGCUUGUGUGUGUUGUGUGUCGUGGUUGUGACACGUGGGCCACGGAGAGGGUCUCCGGCUCCCUGGAAUGCUGUGUCAAAUUCCCCGGCGCUGAGCCCUUUGGCAUAUUACCCAGGCGCAAAUGAAAGGAAAGCCACAGGAGCCGGACAAAAUUUCUCAGCCGCGAUGGACCCCUGUCAGUAGAUUAGCAGUUGGGCUUGUGUGUGCGUGCGUGCGUGCGUGCGUGUAGUGAAGGUUCAGGGCUAAAUUAAGCCUGCUGUCGCUGUGUUAAUCAAAGACGGGGAGGAAUUAAAGAGCUUGAUCCUAAUUUGGACUGUUUGCUAAUCACAUUGGAGUUGAUUGAACUGUUUGAUACUGUAGUGAAUGUGAUUAAAGCUCUCCUUCACUGUGUUGUCCUUGCGAACCUUUUGAAGUGAAACUGAGGAUAGUUGAACCAAAUGACAGAUGUAUACAUUUGUUUCCUUACCUUGAAAGCAGUCUGUGAACAAGGAAAUGACUUUAGCCUAGCAACUGUGGAUUGCAGUCACUCCUGCUGUUCAGGUAAGGCAACAAAUAUCUGAAUACGCAACUUUGCUGAACUGUCCCUUUUAACGUCACUGUUCGGAGGAGAGUAGAUGAAGGUAAUACAGGGCUGGUGUAGGGAAGUCUCCCGCUUCUUCUCUUGCACUUGCUCGAGGCAGGAAUCAAACGAGAGACGCACAGUAAUUUCAUGUGCUGUGGUUGCGGAUGGUAGCAAAUGGCUUCGCACCAGCUUUCUUUGUUUCCUUAGUGUUCUCAACCUUGCCAUUCUACUUAUGUAGGCAAUGGUUUGCCGAGCGCUAUUUGGCAACGCCGUUGUCGAUGUCGUUGUGGCAACGAAGUCACUGCAUUUGGAUGAUCAAAUCUGUUCUAAUUGCUGAUAAGAUGGCGGAAAUGGAAGUGGUGUAGUGAACAGAGACGGGCUGGAUUAUUCUCUGACAGCUGUUGUGCCCAUAUCCGUUAUCAAACGGGCACGCACACGCUCAUCCUCUCUAUUCAGAUAAGGUUUGCAGUGUGAAACCGACAGGCUUCACUAUCGAAUGAGAGAUCCGUACAAACAGGGUGGAUCGAUGGCCCGAAAAGGAAAAGAAAGAGCAGCUCAUGUUCGGUGAAGAGCAUGUCUGAAAUGAAGGGAUACGGACAGACUGGAUCAGAGAAUACAGGGUACAUCCCCAGCUAUCUGGAAAAGGAUGAACCGUGUGUGGUGUGUGGAGACAAGGCCACUGGCUACCAUUACCGCUGCAUCACCUGUGAGGGCUGCAAGGGUUUCUUUCGGCGGACGAUUCAGAAGAACCUCCACCCCGCCUACUCCUGUAAGUACGAUGGCUGCUGCAUCAUCGACAAGAUCACCCGCAACCAAUGCCAGCUGUGCCGCUUCAAGAAGUGCAUCGCAGUGGGCAUGGCCAUGGACCUUGUCCUGGACGACUCCAAGCGGGUGGCCAAGCGGCGUCUGAUCGAGGAGAACCGGGAGAAGAGGAAGAAGGAGGAGAUGGUGAAGACCCUGCAGAACCGGCCAGAGCCCACCGGCUCGGAGUGGGAGCUGAUCCGCAUGCUGACCGAGGCCCACCGCCACACCAACGCACAGGGCUCCCACUGGAAACAGAAACGCAAGUUCCUGCCGGAGGACAUAGGUCAGUCUCCGGUGGCCCCCACGUCGGACGGAGACAAGGUGGACCUGGAGGCCUUCAGUGAGUUUACCAAGAUUAUCACCCCUGCCAUCACCCGCGUCGUCGACUUUGCCAAAAAACUGCCCAUGUUCUCGGAGCUGCCUUGUGAGGACCAGAUCAUCCUAUUGAAAGGCUGCUGUAUGGAGAUCAUGUCGCUGCGCGCCGCCGUGCGCUACGACCCAGAGAGCGAGACGCUGACCCUUAGCGGCGAGAUGGCGGUCAAGCGGGAGCAGUUGAAGAACGGCGGCCUGGGCGUGGUGUCGGACGCCAUCUUCGACCUGGGCAAGAGCCUGGCGCAGUUCAACCUGGACGACACGGAGGUGGCGCUGCUGCAGGCCGUGCUGCUCAUGAGCUCAGACCGCUCGGGCCUGACGAACAUUGACAAGAUCGAGAAAUGCCAGGAGACCUACCUGCUGGCGUUUGAACACUACAUCAACUACCGCAAGCACAACAUUCCCCACUUCUGGCCCAAGCUGCUGAUGAAGGUGACGGACCUGCGCAUGAUCGGGGCAUGCCACGCCAGCCGCUUCCUCCACAUGAAGGUGGAGUGUCCGACGGAACUUUUCCCCCCUCUCUUCCUAGAGGUCUUCGAGGACCAGGAAGUGUGAGUGGCACCCCCGGAGGAAGUAGUGGAGCGACUUGAGGCAUCUUGGGAAAGGAAGGGAUGUUUUUCUGAAGCUGGGAAGGAUUUUGGCAGGACUUGUGUUUUUACGACAUUUACGUGGUAAACAACAAACAACGCAACCAGCAGCAGGAGUCAAACAAACAGGAUUACAUUUUUUUUGACCAACCACCUCUUCAUACCUGUUUUUGGGAAUCAGUUUGGCGGCCCUCCCUGUCUGAGCACUGUGUUUUAUCCAGUGGGAGUUGCAGCCCUUUGCCAAGGCCAACACACACAGACACACACACUCUGGCUCCCCUCUCAGAGCCCUAUUGGAGGCACCUCAGUUGUCACACAUUGCCACUAGAUGGUGUUCUUUGCAGGUUUGCGCCUGUUUGAAUUUAUGGCAACCAUCUUUUAAAACCGGUCAGUUAAUUAUACUCCCCGAAUUAGUGUAAGACAAUGAUUCAGGAGAUACGUCACUGACAACACACCGGGACACACACAGAGGUACUGAGUGUGCCAUGUAACUCCUACCGUAGAGCAAAGCUACUAGUACCUAUAAUCACGGCUGAACACAACUGAGCCAUUUUCAGACUGGACCGUGAGCAUGUUUUUAACCAAGUCAUGUGCUGUAUUAUAAGGCUACUCCAGUUGUCUGAAAUGUGUAAAUGUGUAAAACUACAGACUACGGCUCCGUAUCUACCUUUGGUUCUGUCAUUAGGCAAGCGCCUGUGACUGGCACUCUCUCAAACCCACACACACACUGGGCAGACCUGCCUUGUCAUUGACUGUGCUUCUGGUGCCAACAGUAGACCCUCUCAUGAAUGACAAUUGAGCCCUUUUCUCUCCAAGGAAGGUCAUAACAGUGAACAAAAGAGAGAAAGAAGGAGAAGCGCCACUGGCAGGAGUUCUCAGAGGAGAGGGGGGAAGAGGGGAGGAGUAGGGGAGAGAGGGAAAAUAUAGAUUUAAUAGCUGGCAAGCAGAUUCAGUGCCUGGAGACUGAACAGCAUCCUGAAACACACACACACACACACACCUACCCUCAGAAACUCAAAGCCUUAUUUACUGUAUAUACUGCUGUGCUGUAGCCCUGACCUGCAGGGUAAGUAAGUCUGAAUCCGCGCCUGUGUGACUCAGCUCAGUAUGGCCCCUUCAGGCUUCCAUACUCAGUCGUCGUUACUGUAGGGGUCACUGAGAAAGGGCAAGGCCAAUGACGGCUGCCAUUUACCUCAAAGUGGGCACACCCUCAAGGCUGGGGCGCCGCCAGGCUCUACCUCACCUCUGGACACAGGGCAGCUGCCCCCAGCCUCCUCCCACACACACACACACUUUUAAGGAUACUCAACAAACACACAUAGGCACGUGUGAACUCGUAGGCACACAUACAUUAAGACAAAUCACACAAACACAGGAUACACAAUGUCAGUGUUAUCACUCAGACAAAAGGAAAUACCACUGAAGACAGGAGGGCCUGCCUUUCCCUACGGUCACUUAUCUCUUUUUCGGGGGAGGGGAGGAUGGUAACCAUUAUGUUCAGCUUUUCUCUUUUUUCUUAUGUGGGACCAAGUUUCUCAAUUUGGAAUUUGGAAUCACUCUCUUUUUCUUUCUUCUGUUGAAACUGAAGCAAAUCAAUCACGUGACGGAGUACAAUGGACAGUCCAGCUGUCGCCCUGGAAGAGGAGCGAUACACCGUGAGGAAGCGUAGAACCCCAAGGUGGCCAGGCCGUAACUGGCUGUGUUUACCACUGUUUUUGAGGGGGAAAAAGUGCAAAUACAACCUAUUUUUAUUGAAUGCCAAGCAGUAGUUUUUGAACGAAUGAACGAGCCGGAGGGAGGGAGGGAGGGAUGAAUGGACGGAUGGAUUUCAGCACCCCGGGAGCAUGUGGAUGAACGCCUGAAGACGCGGAGUGACGGGCGGGAUUGGGAUGGCGGGUACUCAUAGCAGAUGGCCAAGCGUCGCUGCCUCGACCUCAAUCGCCGUAGGAGGAGUCCAAACUCAACCUCAACCGCUGGAGGAGGAGUCAACCAAGAAAUCCACUGUAAGCAGACCUCAGACCGCUCUGGUGGAGCAGCCAGAAUCCCCUUCCACAGUACCCCACCCUCCCACUCCACUAGUCUCCCCACCCCCGGCCCUGGCCCAAGCAACGCUGGUCUGGGUUUUGCACUACUGCAGUGGUCCAAACCCCAAACCCCUCUCCCCACCCUCAUCAGCAACUACACAACCUAGCCCCAACUCAUCUGUCAGUCAUGAACCUUCCUCUGGGAGUCCUGGCCUACUCUAAUGGAGGCCCACUGGGAUGGGGCUCCCAACCAACCCCGUCACAUUGUCAGUAUUAAAUCAACAGCCUUCCUCCAACCGUCACCCACUGGGCAGGAGACGUCCCUGGACACCAAACGGAAUCUAGGCCUCUCCCUUGUGAGACAAGGAUGGCCAUAAUAGCAGCUCACUUAGGGUGGCGUCGCCGAAUGAAUGUGAACAGCGAAGCAGCAGUGGGAGCGAGUGAACGAGAGAGUAGGAGAGAGCGAAGGGAGCGGGACAGAGAGACUUCCUUCCAUCCUUCAUCUGGCAGGGGUUAGAGCGGGAUCGUCGCCCGUUGUCGAAGCACCGUUUGUGAACUUGGAGAUGGCAGUAUAUCAGAUGGUCUCCCCCUUCACUUCCGCAUUGUAACAUUUAAUCCCCCCCCCUAAUUUCCACAAAUACCCCCUUCAGCUUUCCAUAAGGAGAGCCACCAACUUUCAAAUGGAGACGAUCGGCAAGAGAAACAGAAUCGGCACUCAAUUUAUUAAAUUCCAAGCUUCUUUGAAAAAGAAUCAAUAACAGGAAAAAAAGUUAUCGCAUUAGUGAUGUCCUUCAUUCUCGUGAGCCGAUUGGGUAUGUGUGUGACAAUAGGGGUUGAAAUGCUGCUUUACCUUCUGAGGAUUGGGGGUGGGGGAGUAUAUGAUUAUGAACCCAGAAAAGCGAAAUUAUAAAAAAAGAUGACUUUAAAAAGACUGCUGAACAAAAGUUCAAGUUCAUUUUAUCUCAAUGUUAUUUUUUGUUGAUGUUUGUUUAUGACGCUUAGACUGCUCUGUGUAAAACGGGAAAAAAGAACAGCCGUGGUCACUUUUUGACGAUGCGUGCAGUGUAACGUAGACAGAAAUGUCACUUAUUUUUCACAUCACCUAUAGUUUGUGUUGACUUCUCUGUUGUCUGUGUAUUUGUCCGAUUGUCCGUCCCUUUUACCAAGAGGAAUUUACAACAAACAAAAACAGGAAUAUUUUCUUUUUAUAUAUAUUUUGUUUCCUUUUUUUUAUGAAAGACAACUUUGAAAAAAAAAAAAAAAACACAAACAGGAAAAAUAAUGCAACCCCCAAAAAAAAAAACGUUAAAAAAAAUGAAACACAAUCUUCUCAUACCUCACACAACACAAAACUCAAAUGAACUUGGGAGGAGUGAUGAUUCACGGGCGCAUGUGGAAGUGCGCAAAAAGAUAUGUGCUUGUGGCCCGUGUGCAUAUGCAGUGAUUACAGAAGACUUACCCUCAAGGCUUUGCGCUUGCUACCUAUUAAAUUGGUUCUAGGAGGAUCGUGGAUAGGAUACCUAACAUUAGUAAAGUCUUGCAUCAUCAUCAGAUGCUGAAAUGGAUUGCUGGCUGGCAUUUGGCCACUCCCAGAUAUUUCCAUGACCAUAGAUAGUGAAGCAAAAAUGUGAAUGGCCCAGAGCUUGGGGGAAGUCUUUUGUAAUGGCUGAGUGCUCUAUGGUAUUGAAUGUAGCUGACAGGACGGGGCUGGAUUUGAGCCCGGCACCCGCAACCUCACUUCCGCUCACCAGCAGAACGGAUGGCGGUGUCACAUCGAUGUUACACACAAACAAACUGAGAAUAUUGCCCAUCUGCAAGGUGCAAUACUUUUUCACCCCCAAAAAAAACUGUUUCUGUUUGAUUUUUAUUUUGUUUGAUUUUGGCCAUAACCAAGGACGUAAAUACAGAAAAUGAAAUAUGAAAAACCAGUAUAUGUAAAAUCAUAUGCAACACUCACAAACUGGAUGUUGAGGCUUGAGCACUUCCUUGUCAGCUCCUGCAUCCCGCCAUCUUGUAAAGUAAGAAAAAAAAAAGCAACGUAUAUUAAUGCUUCAUACAUCUGUGUGUGUGCUUGUGUGUGCACUCUCACAUGUCGACCCAUAUUCAAAAUUACCCUAUGACUUUAUUAAACUGACCCUGUGCCUCUUGUUCUCAGAAAAGAGAUAGCUAGCCAUCCCUACAGUAUAUCCUGGCAGCAAAUCUUAAUGCUUUCAUGGCUACAAUGUGUGUCUACCUACAACAGACUGGUCUCUCCAUGGUUAAUGAUGAGAGUGGGGUGGAGUGGGGGGGUUAGUGACCUUAAACAGUGGUUCUCAACUGGUUUUGUCCCGGGUCCCAAAAUGAAUCCGGUUGUCUCACUCGCGACCCAAUAUUUGCAGCGCAAAAAAUAAUUGCCAACAUACAAUCUGGAAAACUAUUAUAUGACGAGAACAACAUCCUCUUUCAUUGUCAAUAAUACAAUUUUGCUCAUAUUCUUGAUGAAGAAUGUUAAUUAACUCACUGGCUUGAGACACACGAAAUCAACCAAAAUAGUGCUGCUAACAGCUCUAUAUUGAAGAAAACAUUUUCAGAGAUUAAAUCAUUUACACAUUUAAAUUCAUUAUCACACUUUCUACCUGGUUUAAGUCGUUUAAGCUCAGACUGGAGUAUUUAUUUAUUUUUUAUUUAAAAAAACAGUUGAGAAUCACUGAUCUAAAGUCCUUAAAUAACAAAGGGUAGGGGAAUGUAAAGACUUCACUAAUAUUUCCAAUAUAUCAGCUUGCCUGGCUACUGCCCGCUACAUUCAUUUAGGAAAGCCCAUGAAAUGGAAUCCCACCACCACACCUGUCCAUUCAUCAGCUGUCUUAUCAUGGUUCGGUCCAACAGGUUGACACAUGGGAAGAGGGACAGGAUUGUCUGUGAUGUUUUGUUUUUGGGGGGCUUUGUUUGCUCCACCUUUACCAAAUGUAGAGCUUUGUGAAGACAAAAAAAGAAACGCAAGUAGCAAGAUGUCUAUGCAAUUCCCCUCCAACCCCUCCAAAAGCGUGCUCCCUUUACUGGCGAGCCAGCCUGCCAGCCAUGCUUAUAUUAAAGCGGUUUCAACCUUGUCUGGAUUCCCCCAACUCAACUGCAUGAAUCCCAGUGAUCCUUAUUUGAUCUGGGAAAAAAGACCCUUGCUACUCUGUGUGUGCCGAGGCUCAGGGCUUUCAAGUGAAUGGACCCAGGUUUGACGGGAUGCCCAAAGGCCUGGUCUUCACUCUCCAACCAUGACCUAGCUCACCGGUUGGUGCCUGGGGACCAGCAAGUUGAGAUGGCAAAAGGACAAGUGGAGUUGGAAGGACACUGUUGAUAUCAUAGAAGAUUGGAUAGAGUUGUGCUGUUGUAAACUGCUCCGGAAUCUCUGUGCGUGCGUGCGUGGCUGUAUCUGUGUUACAGUAUUUGUCUACACGAUACAACACUCUCAUGGUUCGGUGGAUCAAUUCAGUGCUACCUAACAAGGCCCAUGCAGCCUCAGACGUGAAUUGUGUCUUUGUAUUUUUCAUUUAGAAAUUAGAGUGAAAAAAUUCAUCACUUGCAUAAGUUGAGCUUUAAAAUAUUGAAUCUACCCAGUAAGCAAAAUUACGUUGAAGAGAUGUCGAAAAUACGUAUUUUCCAGACGUUGAAGUAAGGUUAGUUUUCCAUUCUGGAUGAAAGUUGAAAAUAUGUAACAUUAUAUAAAUUAUAUAACAAUAAAUCAAUUGAAUAUAGGAAAGAGGAGCCAUCUGAAGAUUGCAGCAAAUAUGAUUUAUUAUUUCUUCCAUCAGUCACAAGCGUUUAUGAGAGCUUGAUGUUCCAAGCAUUCCAACCUACAGAAUAAACCAGCAGACCAUGGUUACAGAAAUAUUAUUUUCUUGCUAUUACUGAUAUGUUGUUGUUUAUCUACCUUAGUUGACUGUAAGUCUGCGGAAUGACCAAAAUGUAAAUGUUAAAUGUAAAAACAGACACUUGCAAA